AUGGAAACAGCUGCGAAAAAUGUUAUAGACUUGAAUGGAGCACAGGGGCACGGAUCGAGGUCCGAUACACAGAACAAUGUCAACAAAGUUUCGAAUGAUAAUAAUCGAGGAACACGCCACAAUAGGAAAGGUCAAGGUCAGUCUAGAGGUCAUGACCAAGGUCAUCAAGGUCAACAUAAGCCAUGUUAUAGGUGUGGGGGGAACCACGACCCCAAAGUAUGCCGUUUCAAAGACAGUGAAUGUUAUUACUGUAAAAAGAAAGGACACAUAAAGGAAAAAUGUUUGAGUCGACAGCGAAACAAAGACACGGUUAAAGGUAAACAGCACAAAUCACAAACAACACCAGUACACAUGCUGCAGUCAACUACGGAAAACAGGAACGAUGAACAGGACUAUGUCUACUCAAUGUACAACAUAAAUCAAGUUGGCAAAUCUGACUGCUGUGAAGUGACACUACAGGUUAAUGACAAGGCAGUGAAACUGGAAAUAGACACGGGAGCUGUAGUCACCGUGAUUUGGGAUAACACGUUGGCGGAGAUCAACAAAAAAGGUAAGUCAGUAAAGCUAAGAAAUACUGCGGUGAAGUUAAAGACUUACACCGGUGAACCAAUCCCAACCAGGGGUGAGAGUGAUGUCUCAGUUGAAUAUGGAGACAUUACAGGAACACUCACAGUGGUUGUCGUCAAGGGAGACUACCCCAGUCUACUUGGAAGGAAUUGGCUUUCUCAUGUAAAGUUAGAUUGGAGCCAGAUAUUUCAAGUCAAGCAAGAUCCACAAGAGAAUCAGCUUGAUAACAUUUUGAGAAAACAUGAGUCAGUGGUUAAGGAUGGAUUAGGUACAAUCCGUGGAACCAAGGCCAAGUUAUAUGUGGACAACUCACAGAAGCCAUUAUAUUUCAAGGCUAGACAAGUGCCUUAUGCUCUAAGGGACAGAAUAGAGCAGGCACUUGAUCGCUUGGUAUCAGAAGGAACUAUAUCACUCGUAGAAUUUUCUGAAUGGGCCACACUCAUUGUACCCAUUGUUAAGGGAGAUGAUAGCAUUAGAAUUUGCGGUGAUUACAAAGUCACAGUCAACCGAGUCUCGAAACUCGACAACUAUCCUAUUCCGAAAACAGAAGAUAUCUACGCAGCAUUGGGAGGUGGGUCACACUUCUCUAAACUGGACCUUAGUCAGGCCUACCAACAGCUUGAAUUGGACACAGAAUCUCAGGUGUACACGACAAUAAGCACACACAAGGGUUUAUUUAAGUACAAUCGCCUACCCUAUGGAGUAUCAUCUAGUCUAGGAAUCUUUCAACAGGUCAUGGAAAACUUACUACAGGGCAUAGCGCAUGUGGUAGUCAGAGUAGAUGACAUCUUGAUAUCGGGGAAGGAUAAGCAGGAUCAUCUGAGAGACCUAGCUGCAGUACUUGAUCGUUUGGAUAAAGCAGGAGUAAGACUUAAAAAGACUAAAUGUGUAUUUCUGUCAGAUGAAGUAGUUUAA